GGCGUGGCCAGGACGGGCGACGUUAGCGGCCAUCUCUCCGCCAACCGUCACCUUUGUCCCAGAGUGAGAGCAGGAGACGGAGCUAUAGGCUGCUCGCUGCCUUUGGUUGUCGGCCAUUCCUUCUCCUUCUCCCCCCCCCCCCCAACGUUGUGGGAAACACUAGAGCCCCCUUUCUUGACUGUGGGAGGCGUUCAUUUUGAGCCCCGUCCCCCACAAACAAGCGUGACGCAGGGCCGGGCCUGGGAGGCCUUCUCCCUUCAGGGCCGGGCCUGGGAGGCCUUCUCUCCUCAGAGGCCUUUUCUGGGCGAACACUAAGGGGGAAGGAAGGACACAGGCUUCUCUGUGGCGGCGGCUCCUCGCCGCGGACGUUUAGGCUGGGCCGCGGCGUCCGUUACUUUUGAAAAAGGGAGUUCGAACCCCAACGGCGGUUGCAGGCGGAGCGCUUCCUGCUCGAGGCGGAGGAAGGCGGGCCUGGCGCGCGGGCCGGAACCUUCGGAGCGAGGCGCUUGUAUUCCUGGAAGGGCGCCCGGAUCGCUUUCGGGGUUGGACUCGCCGGCGAAGGGCAGUCCCUGGAGCAGAGAUGUCUGGUGAGACAGUGCGCGAAUAGACUUCGGAAAUGGCGUGUUCGAAAUGGGUUGCUGAGAACUUGCUCAACUAGCUGUACUUUUCAUCAGAGUUUGCUAAGAUGGUGGAGACAAACAACAUUAACCAGAAAGAGAUACUAGUGAUUUUAUUUAAUCAAGAAAAUUUUGUUGGAAAGCAGUUUAACAAACUCUUAGUUUUCUAAGGCUGUGAUUAUGCCUUUAUUGCGCAAGGUGUUGGACAAUGUCUAUUUUUUGAAGAAAUGGCACUGCCAAAAUGGCUUGUUUUCUUUGUUUAGACCUCUUGUUGGUUGCAAUCUCAAAUGGCACAGCAACUAUAAGAGACCAGGGACACCUCCUGACAAGACUCCACCAUGGAAGAAAAUUCACUUCAGCUUUCAGAAGGGAAUAGAAGGAAUCAAGACACAUUUUGGGAAACUGUCAAAGGAAAUCGUUGACCAUGUAAAAGGACCAGAGGGACGUCCACUGUUGGAUUAUAUGCUGAGCCAGACGACAGUCAUUUGGGAGUUUCGCAGUGAAGAAGACUUGAAAAAUUGGGUAAUUUCUUCUGAUGCUGAAAUUGGAGGGAAAAGUGAAGUUAACUUAAAACUGGGUAAGAAUAACCAGUCUGCUGUGCUGUUUGGGACCCUGAAUACUACAGUACCUCGUGAUGGAGAGACAAGGUACAGCGGCUAUUGCUCUAUGAGAUCAAAACCACGACUGGUUGCUUUUGAUCGAAAGAACCCUUAUGAUUGGUCGAAUUUCAACAUCCUACAUCUGCGUGUUCGUGGUGAUGGUAGACCCUGGAUGAUAAAUAUUUAUACAGACCCAUACUUCUCUCAUCAGAAGGAUGACCUUUAUAGUUAUUUUAUGUUCACACGAGGAGGCCCAUAUUGGGAAGAAAUCAAGAUUCCAUUUUCGAAGUUCUUUUUUUCAAGCAGAGGUAGAAUCCAGGAUCACCAACAUGAGCUUUGGUUAGAUAAGAUUAGUACGUUAGGAUUUACUGUGGGUGACAAGGUAGAUGGCCCCUUUCAGCUGGAGAUUGACUACAUUGGAUUGAUUAAGGACAGAGCGCAUACAGAGGAAUGUGCUUAUGAGUUAUAUGAUAGAAAUCCCAAGAAGUAGAAUGCAUUGAGCAUUUGGAAGACUCCUGUUCAGUUAUUGUGGGUGAAUGAAGCCGGCUUUUAGACAUAUACCAGAAUAUAUUGUUAACAGCUAUGUUUAUUUAUCUGUCAAUCAAGUAAGACGGAUAUAUUAAAAACAAUAUGAAUCUAAAACUUA